AAAACCAAAUUGGCCAAUGGACACAAAUUCAAAAAUUGAAUAUUCUAUUCCAUCUAUUUUGAGUGGAAAAAGAAGAAUUUGAGUCCACAUUUCACUCCUCUAAAGAGGUUCUCGAGAAUGGCGACAAUGUAUGGAGCUAAUAAUAAAGGUCAGUAUUUCUCAAACCAUUGUAAUCUAUGACUCAAACGAAACCUAAAUCUUAAACUCAUGUGUUUCAUUUUAGUUCUAAGUUUUCAACUUUCACUUCUUCCAACUCCACAUUUUCACCAACAACUAAUAUCGCACUGAAGCUGUUUGAACAAAGUACUGAACGAAUCCUUCACAGUUCCGUAAUCAAUAAUCUCCAAAAUGGCUUUUCAAUCACUCUUCUCUAAGCAUAAAACCUUAACCUCUUACAUUUUCCCUCUUAUUCAACACAAGUUCCUUCAAUCUUUCCCAACCCCACAAGUUUCUACCCCAAUACUACCUGAACUCGUCAAUGAGAUAUCUCGUAUAGUCAGUGAUCACCGUCACCCUCACAAUGAUCUACACCACUCCCUCACUCCAUUUUCAUCACAUGUUUCCACUGAUUUAGUUGAACAGGUUUUGAAAAGAUGCAACCACCUUGGCUUUUCAGCCCACAGAUUCUUUCUUUGGGCUAAAUCAAUUCCGGGUUUCGAACAUAGUGUCGAAAGCUUCCAUAUUUUGGUAGAAAUCUUAGGAAGGUCUAAACAAUUUGCUAUACUUUGGGAUUUUCUUUUGGAAAUGAGAGAGUCUUCUAGUUGUGAAAUCACUAAUGAGAUUUUCUGGAUUGUUUUCACUGCGUAUAGCCGAGCUGAUUUGCCCGACGGUGCUAUUCGGUCUUUUGCUAGAAUGGAUGAAUUUGGAAUCAAGCCUAGUAUUAUUGAUUUUGAUUUGCUUUUGUUCACUUUAUGCAAGAAGAAACAUGUCAAGCAGGCUCAACAGUUUUUCGAUCAAACCAAGAGCCGGUUCUCGUUAACAGCUAAAACUUACAGCAUUCUGAUUUCUGGAUGGGGUAAGGUUGGUGAUUCGGGGAAGGCCCGCGAGCUGUUUGAAGAAAUGCUUGAGCAAGGAUGUGAUGUGGAUUUGCUUGCUUAUAAUAAUAUGUUAGAUGCCCUUUGCAAGGGAGGCCAUGUGGAUGAAGCUAUGGAUUUUUUUAACAAUGUGUUGUCGAAGAGUGUUGAGCCAGAUGCGUUUACUUACUCGAUAUUCAUUCGUGCAUACUGUGAUGCAGAUAAUGUGCAUUUGGCUUUUGGGGCUCUUGAUAAAAUGAGAAGAUGUAACCUUUUUCCAAACGUGUUUACAUAUAACUAUCUUAUAAAGCGGCUUUGUAAGAAUAAAAAGCUGGAAGAAGCGUAUCAGUUGUUGGAUGAAAUGAUUUAUAGCGGAUUAAAACCCGACACUUGGAGUUAUAAUGCAAUACAAGCCUACCAUUGUGAUAAUUGUGAGGUCAAUAGGGCUCUAAAGUUGAUAUCUAGAAUGGAAAAAGAUGAUUGUCUUCCUGACCGGCACACAUAUAACAUGGUGCUGAAGUUACUGAUUAGGAUAGGAAGGUUUGACAAGGCAACUGAAGUUUGGGAAACCAUGGGGGAUAGGAAAUUUUAUCCUUCUGUCUCGACAUACUCCGUUAUGAUUCAUGGUCUUUGUAAGAAGAAUGGAAAGCUAGAGGAGGCAUGUAAGUACUUUGAGAUGAUGGUUGAUGAAGGAAUACCACCUUAUGUUACUACCAUCGAAAUGCUAAGGAAUCGGCUCUUGGGCUUAGGGCUUUUGGAUAACAUUGAAAUUCUUGCGAAUAAGAUGAGACAGAGUACAUCAUGUUCUAUUCAAGAAUUGGCAAAUAUAAUGAUUGGUGCUAGAACAGCUCGAAAAACUUCAAGACGUGAUGAGUCAGACAUAGAAAGUGAUUGAAAAAAUGGUUAGGGUAACAGCAUCCACUGUCUGAACCAACUCCUCCAAUGCCAUGGAUAUAUCAUACGGAUCAUCAGCUAAAUCAUCCAUGCCGUAUUACACAGCCCCAGGAACAUCUUCUAAGACUACGGAUCACUAUCACCCAUCAUCAGGGACCCCUCAUCACUUCGAAGACGAUUUCAACAACAAUUACAAGUCCCUGAACAUGUUUUAGUCUUAUCAUUGAAGUUCAAGCUAACUCUAAGUGUUUCUGAUUUUCUUUGAAUUUCAAUUUCUUGGAUGCUUACUUCUGAUGUUCAGAAUCACUAGGUAUUUCUGAGGAGUCUGCUGGAAUAUUUUUUCAUUUAUUGGUCAGGACUCAGGACAUGUGUUGUAUGACAUGUUAUUUUAACUUAUUCCUGUAAUUCUACCUGUAAUAUUUAAUAAGUUAAUACAAUACAACAUGUUAUUGAACCUCUGAUAAACUGUUGAGAGUUUAGAGUUUACUUUGGCAUAGAAAUGCAACUGCACUGAGAUUUUGCCAAGUUUUAUGGUUCGUCUGGUUCAAAUGUGUGGUAGUUUAUGUUGAUUGACAAUGUUUGAGUCAGUUUUUCAAUUAUUUUGGAACAUGUUGCGGUUUAAACUAGGGGACCCAAAGCAAUCUAGCAAACUGAAACUAAGGAGCAAAGAAAGAAAAGAGAUGAAAAUGGAAAUGAAAAUGCAGUUUGUGAAUGAUGAUUGAUUAACAUGUCUCUCUUAGUAUUGUAGUGAAAGAAAUGGAUUGUAAGAUGAUUAUGGAUCUCUUGUCCUUUGAUUCAUAAAUUCUGUUUAAUUGGAGCAUUUAUGUAGAAAUAUACUCGGUUUAGAAAUGUUUACUUCUAGAUUUAUUGAAUAAAUAUGAGCUCCUAUCAAUUCAUGGAGACCUCCCUACUACAAUGCAACUCAAUUUCCAUGUAAUGCACAACACAAUUUCAACUACUUUUAAAUUCCUCGCCCCUUAUACAAAAACUCUUAAUUAUUCAGCUCGUCACCUUCCAAUGAUCUUCUC